CACACGUGAGGCCACCUGUCUGUCCAGAAAGUCCGAAGCGCACCACUGUGCGAACCCGUCCCCUGCGAACGUGCGACGGCCGCUCCACGCGCGCAACACGCGUGACUUACUGACAGUGCGCCCGCGGUCCUCCUUCACUUUCGCUUGUUCUCCGAGGUGAAUAAAACCCGAGCCAUCGAGUGAUCUCAUCAGAUUUCUGCUCCGGGACCGGAGGCGAAGAGGCGUCGAGGACAUGGGUCACAGUCACACUUCCUCCACCUGGUUGGUCCUUGCAGUCCUGGUUGCAGUAGUUAUAGCGAAUGGAUAUGAAGAUGACCCCCUGUUUAAAUGUCUCCAAGAUGAGGACUAUGACAUCCUCCUUCAUAUCAUAAACAAUGGCCUAGCACCCGCAAAGACACCACGACAUGUCGUUGUUGUUGGCGCUGGCAUCGCAGGCCUGACUGCAGCCAAAUUCUUGCAAGAUGCUGGACAUAAGGUGACGAUCAUCGAAGCCAGUAAUCGUAUUGGAGGAAGGGUGGAGACAUACCAGAAUCCUGAAGAAGGCUGGUAUGCAGAGCUUGGUGCUAUGAGGAUUCCCAGUUUUCACAAGAUUCUACUGAAGUUUUUACAGAACAUGCAUGUUAAGACAAACUCGUUCAUCCAGUACAACCCCAAUACAUACUACUUUGUGAACGGAAAGCUGCUGCGCACUUACGCAGUGCACGAUAACCCUGACCUGCUUGGAUACCCAUUGGCACCCUCCGAGGAGGGUAAAUCAGCAUCUGACCUCUUCAGCUUGGCCUUGCAACCCAUUAGAGAUGACCUGAAAAAAAGUGGAUACAACUGCAAAACAGUGAUGAGGAAAUAUGACAGUUUUUCUGUCAAGGAGUACUUGGUGAAGGAGGCCAACCUCAGCAGGGGUGCCCUGCGCAUGAUUGGGGACAUCCUGAAUGAGAACGGCUUCUUCUACACUGCCCUCACCGAGACCCUGUACAUCCAGGCUGACAUCAACGACAACACUACGUAUUUUGAGAUCACCGGCGGAUUUGACAAACUAUUGAAAACGUUCUACAGGGUUCUCAACUGCACCAUUUUAUUUGAGGCUACAGUCAAAGCCAUCAAUCAGACGAAGAGAGGUGUGACCGUAUACUUUGAGAAAAAGGCUAACAAAUAUACCCUGGACUAUGUCGCUGCUGACUACGUCCUGGUGGCGACCACAGCCAAGGCAGCCCUCUUCAUGGACUUCCAGCCUCCGCUGUCAGCGUCAAAGAUGGAGGCUCUGCGCUCAGUGCACUACUCUGGUUCCACCAAGGUGGUCCUGAGUUUCAAAGAGAGAUUCUGGGAGAACGGAGGUUACGGUGGAAAAACAAUUACGGACCUCCCAGCACGGUUCAUCUACUACCCUAGCCACAACUUCACGGGGCAAGGGGGCGCCAUACUAGCAUCCUACACAUAUUCAGAUGAAGCAGCACUCUUUGAUGGAACAGAUGAGGAGGAAUUGAAAGCCAUAAUGCUUGACAACCUGGCAAAGAUCCACGGGGAAGAGAUCCGUGACGUCUACACAGGAGGCGUGGUCAAGAAGUGGGGCCGGGACCCCUUCAGUCACGGUGCCUUUGCCAUCUUCACUCCCUACCAGAAGAUCGACUACCUCAAAGAGCUCUGCAAGAAUGAGAAGAGAAUUUACUUUGCUGGGGAGCAUGCAGGCGCACCUCAUGGCUGGAUUGAAACUGCCAUGAAAUCAGCUUUGAGAGCUGUUCAGAAAAUAAACAAUAGAAAUGUAUAACACAGAGAAACAGAACAUACCUGGUACUAUUUUUAUAUUCUUGGGAGCGGGACUGGUUGUUAUAUAGGCUGGUCAGCUGGCAGCCCAUACGGACCUCUCGGGCACCUGCAGAUUGCCGGUGGUGCCACUGUUCCACACCAGCAUUACUGUAGCUUUCCUGUGGGCUCCACGGGAACAGCAGUACACAGGUCAGCAGAACACAGAUCCAUGUGGUCUGACCCAUUAUUAUAAAUGACAAAAACAGAACUUGAAAUGGAAAAGCACUGACCAUGAAAUGGAAACAACUGUUCCGAGGACAGUUCAAUGACAUUUGACAAACCCACGUUGACAGGAAGCAUGUGGUCUUAAUAGGGAUUUGGUGCAGUACAGCCCACAUGUAGUAAUUGCUCUAAGUCUUAAUUUAACUGACACAUUUAUUCACAGUGACUUAACAUACUAGGUGUGUACAACAAGCUGCUAAUUUACUAAUUUU